AUGUUGUUGGAUAUUACCAGCACUGCAAGGGGCUUUUAUCCCUACUCCGAGCACGCGAUUUUCUAUCACCUCAGUCAGUUAGAACCAAGCUUUAUGGCGCAGGCAGAGUGGAUCGAGAAGCCAUGGCAUAAAUUUGCUAAACAGCCCAUCGAUCGAAUCAUCGACUGUAUAGCGCAUAUUCCUCGACUUUUGCACCAACUACAGUUGUUUGAGAAUCUGUCACCUGAAGAUCAGAGAUUCCUAGGGUUGAGUUUGAUGGCAGAAUUUCGAUCUCUGGAUACCACACUUCAAAGUAUCUAUUCUAUGCUCAAUGAUUCUGUCGAGGGUCCUUUGUACUGGUCUGCUCUUUCUCGCCAUUAUGAACCUGCGGAGGAGCCUUUGAAGGGACCCCUUUUCCCUAUCGCCUUUCACUUCCCCAAUGUCAAGACUGCCGGGCAUCUGAUGAUGUACUGGGCUACCUGUGCCUUGCUCUGGACCGGCUGGCAUGAGACGUACCAAAAACUGGAACAACUCAACGAGAAUCUACCGCCCGGUCUUCCUUCCUGCGAUGUCUUGCCAAUGAUCACGAAUGUCUGCCAAUCCGCCGAAUUUUGUUUGGACGAGACAAAUCAGCUCAUUGGGGUAUUCAUCGCGUCAACACCGCUAGCGAUCUGCAAGGCUAUACUCUCCAACAAGGCACGCCACCAGCAACAUUUUGCCUGGAUUCAGGCGACCCUGGAGCGUCUCCAGACCCGCGGGAUACGCAUCCUCAGGUACCACUGA